AGGGCACCUUCAUCUUUUACCCUAGAUAAGGCGUAUUUAGAGUGACAGAAAAAGAUAGACGCAAUUUGGGAACUUCAUUGUUCGCGGUAGGCCCACAGAUCUACAAUACAACGCUUUUUGAUACAUUGCGGUAUUUGAUCGAUCUAAUGAAUUUGUAACAUGUUAGUAGUCAGCAAUGCAUCGAAAAUCUGUCACAGUAGUUGCUCUGCGACCGUGCUAUACCGCUAAACGGGCUCUACCCAUCUUCCAAUAAAUCGUAUACGAUUUUAUAUACAUUGCGGCUUUUCAUUGAUGAUUGAAUUUGUUGCAGCUACUUAGACGGCAAUGUACAAAAUUUCGCACGUCUUUUGUUGUAAGGUCUGUAGAGCCCUAUACCUAAUAUUUAUCAGGCCAGACGAUUCUUGGCUGUUCAUUGAAAUCCAUAAACCAAAACCUAAGCGCCGCAGUCCGCCAUAUUGGCAUAUUGAAUUAUUGAACAAAAAUUUUCGACAUUUCAGUAGUGCUUUUGUUAUUACAUAUUACUGUCUGAAUAAUCUAUUCUGAGAGUUUGUCACACCUUAGAGUAAUCUUACGAGCCAUGGAUUCUCUGGUAGGCUACGGAAGUGACGAUGAGCACGAAAACGAUCGCUAUGGUGGUCAUCAUUCAUCGGGCGCGGGGCGGCGGCGCGAAGACGAUACCAACUAUGAGGAAGUCAACAUGGACAUGAGCGAGGACUCGCAGCAGGAGUCGGAGCCCGAGCUGCCGCAGGCGGAGCGCCCCAACGACCGCGGCUCCGGUAAGGCCGACAGCCGUGAUCGCGAGAAAUCCCGUGGAGGCUCCCGUGAUCGCCGAGAUCGUCGUCGCGAGUCCCCGCGCCGGGAUCGCGAGCGUGAUCGCCGGUCUCCCCGGCGCGACGACAGAUCCAACAGAUCGGAGAGACCGGAGCGCAGCCGCGGGUACGAGGGCUCCCGCCGCGGCCUGCUGGGCGACAGGCCCGACGACCGGCCUGACAAGCCGCCAGCACUCAUGGAGCUGAAGUUCGGUGAGGGCGCGGGGACUGCGCGCGCGCACGACGCCCGCGACGCCGCGUCGCCCAGAUUUGUCGAUCGCGAUCGUCGCGACAGAGACAGAGGAUCGCGAGAGCGUGAACGUGACAGAGACAACAGAGAGGGUCGCUACAGAGACCGUCGUGAUGAGGACAGAAGAUCCCGCGAGCCCCUCGACGGGCGCUCGGCACGCGACUCGCGCUCCGGGCACGACGAGCGCCCGCGGCCACGAGGCGUCGGAGCCGCCUUCCCUCCCCCACCACAGCAUGUCGCCGGCAUGUCGCCGGGUAACUAUACACACAUCUCGUCCUACUGUAUGCGCGCCACUCGCCCUCCGGGCACGACGAGCGCCCGCGGCCACGAGGCGUCGGAGCCGCCUUCCCUCCCCCACCACAGCCUGUCGCCGGGUAACUAUACACACCUCUCGUCACUACUGUCUGCGCGCCACUCGCGCUCCGGGCACGACGAGCGCCCGCGGCCACGAGGCGUCGGAGCCGCCUUCCCUCCCCCACCACAGCAUGUCGCCGGCAUGUCGCCGGGUAACUAUACACACAUCUCGUCACUACUGUAUGCGCGCCACUCGCGCUCCGGGCACGACGAGCGCCCGCGGCCACGAGGCGUCGGAGCCGCCUUCCCUCCCCCACCACAGCAUGUCGCCGGCAGUUCCGGGUACAGCGAACGUCGCGGCGAUGGCGACUACAAACCUUCUUCAUUCAAAGUCAACAGGAAACUGGAGGUCAUGGAGAAAAUGGGUCUGCAAAUCAAGACCCCCGACGGGUCGAUGGCCACGGCGCAGCAGUUGCGCGCCGCCGCGCACGAGCCCGGCCAGCCCGCGCCCCUGCCUUCCUACUACAACCCCCAGGCGCCCUCCAACAAGAUCCUGGACCAGGUGGCGAAACGCAAGCUGCUAUGGGCACACAAGAAGGAAGAGAAGUCUGAAGCGGAAAAGGCGGCACCCUGGACCGGUACCCGCUUCGCGUCCGACCAGGACGGCAAGCAGGCAUCCAAGUUCAUGCGGCUUAUGGGCAUCAGAGACCCUGACGCAGUCAAACAAGAAGCCCCGGAGAAAACCGCAGACCCCAUCAAAAAGCAAGAGGAACUUUUCCAAGCUAUGCAAGCCCAGUACGAGGUGGCGCGCGCCACCACGCACACCAUGCGGGGCGUGGGGCUCGGCUUCCAGCGCGGACAGUUCUAGUGCUAGUGCCUCUGUGAAUGACUCAAUCUAAAGUGACUAGUGAGUGAUUUAGGAUCAAUGGGCUGUUCCAUGGCAAGAAACUGCAAAUGUUCUCUCCAUCCCUUAACACAAUGGUCAAACAGAAAGUACCGGACAUCAUCUAAAAGCAGGAUGAGCUGUUCCAAGCCAUGCAAGCGCAGUACGAGGUGGCGCGCGCCACCGCACACGGCGCAGGGCGUAGGACUGGUUCCAGCGGACAGUGUUAGUGCUAGUGUCUCAAUGCGAACUUGCGAAGGACUGAAUGUGACCCUUGAAAUGAGUGAGUUUUUAUUGGAUCGUAGAUGAAGUUGCAAAAAUUGUGGCUCCCUGAAGGUGGCGUUAAUCGCUCUGUGCAUAACUGUGGCGGCUUCCUGGUAAAUUUUAUACACAAUAAGUUAUGUCAGAUAACUUAAUGUGUCUUGUCCACUGUCACUUGACCACUGUCAAAUUGUGUGAAGAUGUCCCAUGAACAUUAAUUCGCAUGGUUUUGACGUCAUGCGUUAUAUUUCCCCACCAUAAUCUUCGCACAUAGACGAUAGGGCCCCGUGUACGUAAUGUACGCGCGUGUACAUCAUGCAUUAGGUAAUUAAGCUGACAAAUAUGUAACUACUAUGUUUUGCACUAUUUUAUACAUCUUAAUAUUUAAAGCCUGACCAGUAAUAUAUAAUCACGCGCCAUUUUGCGGAAUUUGAUGUGAACUAAAUUUUUCAUAUUAAACUGAACUGUCACCCUAUACAUGAGAAUAACAGCGCCCUCUUGACAAUGAUCAUAUAUUUCUGGUCGGGCUUUAUUUUGUCUGCGAUUGUGCUGAGUGUCUGUCUAUGUAUAUUUGAAUGCUUUGACGGAAAUCACAGACAAUUAAUGAAUUGGGCUAAUAGGGAAUACGCGAAACUCUGCGUAGAGAGCGCCUCUAGCACAUACUGAGGGCCUACCGCGAAACGAAAAUCAGAAAUCGAAAUUUCGUUAUUUGCCUCUCUAGCACUCUUGCACAUUCGAGCAAUAGAGAAGCAGAUAUUUUAUAAAUUUCGAUUUUCGCGUUUCGCGUAAGGCUCUUUGUAAACCACCUUGAUUCAUCAAUGACACAAUGAAAAUAGUGUGUAUUUACUCUAUGAUUUACAAUGUGUGCUAGUGCUGCACUCUGGUGGCAGAACAUUGCAGUAUAAAACGCCCUAUAGAAUAGAAAUGCAGUUUUUUUUAUGAAAGUCUCUGGUUUUAGGAAGUAGUUCUACCUACUGUAGUUGAUAAAUUGAAAGCAUGAAAAGAAUGAUAAUCUCAAAUCUAAAUGUCUUCCUUCUAUGGUCCCAUAUUGAGGUUGUUAUAUAUUAUGUAAUCGGAAAAAUCACCCUCGUAAAAUAUAACUAAUUUUUUUACUGGCUUACAACUAAAACGUGUACGAUCCAAGUGUGAAAAAUACGAAAUUCGAAACGAGUGGCGAUUAAUAACAUACACGAUCGAAGUGAGUGUUUUAAAUCGAUAGGAGUUGCAUAUUACCUAUUUAACUAUCAUACAACGUUUUACAGUACAUAUGGCCCUUUACAUUUUGGGCAUAGUUACAUAAUGUGCUAAUUAUCGCACUAGUGAGGUAAAGUAGCACCAUAUGUACUAUAUUACGAUCAUCAUCAGACAGAGUUUAAUAUAGUGAUCUAUAUUGUAUUUUGAAUAUUAUAAUUACAUUUAAUACAGAUCAGGCUGACAAUAUAGUUUAAAUAUUUGUUUUCAUAUGCUAUUAACUAUUAUUCAUAUGUGACGUUACACGGCUAAAGGUACCUUAUGGCUUGGCGCUUACGCUAGUAUUAACGCUGCUCCAAUCAUCUGCGCUCUACCCUUUUUUCAUUUUCAUUUUCAUUUAUUCGUUGCAACCAUGGUAUUACAGAUGUUCUUUAAAUAGAGUACAAUCAUGGACCCUACUAGGGCGUAGCAACAUUUUUAUGUCUAAGUACUUAUUUCUAAGGCACUCUCGGAUGCGGAGCUACCUGACGUAACCGCCAUAAGGUACCUUUGUCCAUGAAACGUCACAUAUAAACUGUUUUGUGUACUGAGCUAGGCUCCAAAGCCAAAAGUCCUAUUCCAUUCUAAAAUUUUGUAAAAAUAUUCUCAUUAUGGAAGCUAUUUUUAAGAAAUAGAUUUUUGUACAUAUUAUGAUAUUACUCAGAAUGUUUGAUGUGUAUUUUUUUUUCGUUAGGUACAGAUAUAUGGCACUAAUAUUUUUUUCAUUGUAAAGACAUUACGAAAGUAAAAUGUGUGUCAAAGUUAAAGUAUGGUAAAGUGUAAAAUAUGUAUUAAUACUAUUAUUGACACACUUGACUGGCAAUUCAUAAACGUUAUUGGAAUUAUAUAAAAAGCCAGCCAUUUUAGAGUUUUCCAGGAAUUAAUUCCCAGCAAGCUGGAAAUCGUCUUAAUACCUUCAUUUGGUUCUAAAUUAGCAUCCGAGUUUGCUCCAUUCCAAGAGUUGUGUAUAAUUCUUUGGAGCCAACAGGCAAAAACACGGCUGUGUACCAUUUUUUUUAUAAAGGUACAAUCUAGGCUAAUAACACGCCGUGUCACUCAAUUCUUCGAAUAAUAUGAACUAAAAACCAUGUGACUUAGUUAUUCUAUCAUGCAUGACCAUGACCAAGUGCAUGCAUGGCCAUAUUUAUUAUAAGUCGCCAAGCUCGCCCGUACUACACCUUCCCGUACAAACGGAGUUUCGUUAACAUUUUAAAACUACGUAGUGGAUUUUAAUGAACUUUGUGCAGUCAGCUGCAGCGAGAGGAGACCUCCUCCUGCAUACAAUCAAUCUAUGCUAUUUUCGUUAAUCAUAAUUUGGUUUUUCUCAGAAACGCGUAACUUUUCAGGAUUGCCAUAAAACAAACCCAACCUAUCUAUAGGAUCACUUUACGAAAAUCCUGAAAAUUAUGACCAAUGAUAAUCUGUCAUCAAUCAUUACAUUAUGACUUACAAUAAUUAUGUUAAAUAGAGUAUCAGGGCAAUCGAGCUAGUCGUUUUGAAAUAAGAACGUAACUACGUUUUUAUGGUGAACCGAGCUUGCUGCGGACUCAUAAUUCGUUUUAUAAUGUGUCCAUGCAAUUCUGCAGCUUGCAUUUGUAUGAUUAUUGGCUAAACAACUGAGUCACAUGGUUUGUUAACAUUCUUUUAGUUUCGAUGUGUAAUAUAGACUAAAAUAAGUCACUUUUUUACUUUUUUCUGCCUUAAGAAAAAUAUGUUUACAGUUGGUAUUCUAGCACUGUUUAUUAAAACAAUGGUUUCCAAUUGAACCAUAGUCGAUAAUCUAUUGAUAAUGCUAAUGUAGAUACUACAUGCUAUUUGUGUGAUAAAUUAUAUUCUAGUGAGAAAUAAUUAUUGUGUGGUCACCGAUUUUCCUCCUGUAAUAUUGAUAGUCGGACCAAGAUAAGUUGGCAACGGUUUUGACAGCCCAGACAGUGAAAGUAUUAUUUAAAAUGUCAAACUUCUAUGAAAUUAUGACAGGCUGGGCUAUCAAAAUCGUUGCCAACUUAGCUUGGUCUGACUCUAAAUUUGUAAUUCCUAGUAGAUAUAGGAAACGGUAGUCAUAGUCCAUGCAAUGAUUAUUAUUUUUAAUGUAUAUGUAAGGUAAUAAAUGUUAUUAUUAAAUUA